UUAUAUUAAAUCAAUAGUUAAUUAAAGUGACUUGAGAUCAUUUUCUCUAGAAUCUCUUCGAAAUUUAUCUCAUUUAUUCCAUAAAAAAUCAUGGCAGUGAAUAGUAUUUUGCUGGAUUUUUCAGUCGAUCCAAGUCUGGCUAAAAGCGAAGCGUCUCUAUCAGUAUUAUCGACGAAUAUCGAAAAUGUCCUGAGAGAUUUCUUAACGGGCCUGAAAGCCGCUAGCAGUUUCGAAGUUGAAGAUAGUUUAGUUAAAGUCUUCACUGCCAGUCACGGGGCUGUGGUCAAUUUAAGAAUGUUCAACAAUGGGUUGGUGAUUUUAAAUAUAGAUUACUAUAAAGGAGAGAAACAGGAACCUUUACUGAGCAUCGAUCUGAGUAAAGUAUUCGAACAAAAACUAGCCGUAGCGCUAGAUUCGUUUAGAUCGAAAAUGUUUCCACCUAUUAAGAGAGGUAUUCCUCUUGAUGUAUAUCUAUCUAGUUCAGGUUCGAUAAUACUAGUACUUUGUAUGAAGUGCCAUGCAUUAGAAAGAGACUUGAAAGAACGGGUUGUCCAAAUCAAAAGGUCACAGACACUAGUGCCUUUGAAAAGGGGGCUGUUUAUCAGAUAUUUUCAAUCGUCAGAUGAACGUCUUCUCGAGUAUGACAUAGACAGUUUGGUCUUUGAAGAAAUAACACCAUUCCAAAAAGUUCAAAUUGUCCACUCGAAAACUUUAGGAAAUAUGCUAGUACUAGAUGAUUUACAAAACUUCCCUGUUAUAGGCGGUGGAGAUGGCGCUCUAUUAUACGAGUUGCUUAAGGAACAACCAAAAGAAGUUAUAAUGUUAGAAAUUGAUGAUGUGGUCAUGAAAGCCUGCGCUAAGUAUAUGAGAUCAGUGUGCGGCGAUGUUUUGGACCAGUACUCUGCGCCAAACUAUAAGAUUAUUGUAGGCGAUUGUAUGAAAUAUUUGGAGCAAUACAUCAAGGAAGGCAGGAAGUUUGAUUACGUUUUUGGCGAUUUGACUGAUGUUCCAAUCUCGGAAAGUCACUCGGGCGAACUGUGGACUUUCAUUGACAAAAUAUUAAAAAUGUCGUUCAAGGUAUUGAAACCCACUGGAAGGUUCAUGACUCAUAAAGUAUUUCGUACAGUUUCAGGUGAAUAUAAACACGAAAAAGAUAAAUUCAAAGAACAAAAGAAUAUUGCUACUCAUCCUUUAAGAGCUUCAGAGAAGACGUCUCAUCACGGAUAUAGUGCCAAGUCAAGUGGUACUGAUGUUGAAAGAGCAUCUAAUUUCGGAGAAAAUAAAUCCACGAAAUCUCUAGAUAUUGUUCCUCUUCUAGGUGCUUCAGAGAAGAAAUCUCAUCAGGGAUAUAGCGCCAAGUCAAGUGGUAUUGUUCCUUCUCUAGGUGCUUCAGAGAAGACAUCUCAUCAGGGAUAUAGCGCGAAGUCAAGUGGUACUGAUGCUGAAAGAGCAUCUAAUUUCGGAGAAAAUAAAUCCACGAAAUCUCUUGGUAUUGUUCAUUCUCUAGGUGCUUCAGAGAAGACAUCUCAUCAGGGAUAUGGCGCCAAGUCAAGUGGUACCGAUACUGAGAGAGCAUCUAAUUUCGAAGAAAAUAAAUCCACGAAAUCUCUAGGUUUUGCUGCUUCUCUAGGUGCUUCAGAGAAGACAUCUAAUCAGGGAUAUAGCGCCAAGUCAAGUGGUACUGAUGCUGAAAGAGCAUCUAAUUUGGGAGAAAAUAAAUCCACGAAAUCUCUAGAUAUUGUUCCUUCUCUAGGUGCUUCAGAGAAGAAAUCUUAUCACGGAUAUAGCGCCAAGUCAAAUGGUACCGACACUGAAAGAGCAUCUAAUUUCGGAGAAAAUAAAUCCACGAAAUCUCUAGGUUUUGCUCCUCCUCUAGGUGCUUCAGAGAAGACAUCUCAUCAGGGAUAUAGCGCCAAGUCAAGUGGUACCGACACUGAGAGAGCAUCUAAUUAUGGAGAAAAUAAAUCCACGAAAUCUCUAGGUAUUGUUCCUCCUCUAGGUGCUUCAGAGAAGACAUCUCAUCAGGGAUAUAGCGCGAAGUCAAGCGGUACCGACACUGAAAGAGGAUCUAAUUUCGGAGAAAAUAAAUCCACGAAGUCUCAGGGUAUUGUUCCUCCUCUAGGUGUUUCGGAGAAGACAUCUCAUCAGGGAUAUAGCGCCAAGUCAAGUGGUACUGACGCUGAAAGAGCAUCUAAUUUGAGACAAAAUAAAUCAAUGAAACCUCUAGAUGCUUACAAAAAUAAAUCGGCUCAAAGUAAAGAACAAAAACACAAGGCACUGACUGCAAAAUUGAGAGCGUCUAAUUCGAUUAUUCUCUCAGAAAAUAUAAUUUCCCAACGAGAAAAACAUACUCAAUCAACCACUAACAACACAGGGAAAGCACCUAAACAGCCAGAAAAGAAGCCAAUGAAUUCUCUAGAUAUUACAUCAAAAAAUGAUGCUAAAAUCUCAAGUACAGGCAAUACCUCGUCUAUAUCAUUCCAUCCAAAUCGACAGCAGCUAAAAAUAGCUGAAAAAACUGAUCUAGGCAUUAGCAAAGUGAUCGCAGUUAAACACACUGUAUCCACUAACACAUUUAUAGUCGCUUCAAUGCGAUUGGUGCAGUUUUGCUCAUCAUCUCUGCAGUUAUCAACUAAGUUGUAUGGCAGUAUGUAA